AUGGUCAUGAAGAUGUGGACGACGGCGAGGAAACCUGUGCGCCCCGAGUCAAUGGCGAAAAAGAUUCAAGGCGAGGCCAACAAACGUAAGAGAGGACAAGUGAGUCGGUGCGUUUGGGGUGUUCGAAGGAGCACUCUCAUCGCCACGACUGCUUGCGACCGCUCUUUCAUAUCUGUAGCUGAUAGAUUUGGGCUUUCUGGCGGUGUCCUGGGACAUGCUCGGAAUAGGGGGACGGCCUGGACCAUCUCCGAGGAAGCCAUAUCAACGCGGAGGAUUGAUGAUGGCUUGGAUGUGCAAGAUAGGCAAGAUGAUGCGAAGUGA